AUGAGCCCUAUACCAAGGGUUCACCAUGUCUUGCAUACCCUGCUGCGGCGGGCGGAUCAAGAGGUCACCAAGCCAACCGACCCGCACGGCCUGGUACUCGAAGCAUGGGCUGAAGGCUUCAUGAUCGGCGCACUCAUAAUCAUGUCCUGCAUAACAUUGGCCAACAUGCGUAGAGGGGUUUUACUGCACAAGCUCAUUUUGCUCGAGCUUGUCCUGGGCUACUGGCAAGGCUUCUUCAUUCUAUUCGACCCCCCAAUUUACGCCUGGUGGCUCUCUGUCGCUGCCAUCUUCCUCAAUAUCUCGUGGUCCCUCCACAAUGUCAUCGCGUGGAUGAAGAUCCGACCAUUCCUGAACAAAACUGCCAGUCGAAUAUUCAUUGGCAGUGUCAUACUCGUCCAGCCCUAUUGGGUGGUUGAGAUCUAUGCCAACUUCACAUACUUCCAUAACGUCAACACCGUCUUCCUCAAGACGAGGCCCUGGGAAGCGCUUUGUCGCGACCCCUGGUGGGUGCUAGCCGCCUGCAUCCUAUUCUACAACAUCAAAACAAAAUACGACCUUACUUUGGUACAGAUCGUCCGCAUCUCACCCCGGUUUGCAGUCAUGCUGGGCGCAAUGAUCCUGAGCAUCUGUUUCAUAGUCCUCGAUGUGCUAUCCGUCACCUCGGCACUCAAGUCUGCCCUACCAGUGGGGAUCAAUCCUUUUUGGAAACUGUCGUUCGUCUUCAAGUGUCUCACUGAUUCCGUGGUGCUGGAUGACUUUAAGACGGCCCUGGAUCGCCUAAGGGCCUUUAAGAUGACUCGGUUGGGCAGUUUCGCCAUGGACGGCGCGGAUGCUCGGACAAAGCAGCAUAUGGAAGACGUCAUGAGGGCGAACAAUUGGUCUUCACCGCCGCCAUCAUCGGGGGAUCGGGCUCAACCCGCGAGUCCUUUGCCAGAACUGCCAAGGAGUCCCGACGGUGAUUAUAUCAACCCACCGUGGGAGGAACUCAAGCCUGGCCCGACGCAUCACAUCGAAGACGAGCGGUUUGCCGCCGUGGCAAGAAAUGCAUCAAGAGAUCGCGACGCAGAGGAAAAUGGGUUCAACGCCAUUGAUUAUGCUGACCCGCAGCGAGAAUCCAGCGAUGCACACAUAUUGCGACCUCAACCCAGCUGGCCUGGCAGGAGGUCAUCCGAUGAGACCUCUGAUGCUGACAUCGAGUAUGCGAUGGCCGUAAGGCAGAUGACUAAUGAAUCAAUGGAAAAGGACCGGAAAAGAGGCAAGGGGACAAGAACUUUUCGUAGCGCGAGAUGA